AUGUCGAGCAAGACUAUACCAAAGCAAUAUUACGCAUUGGUGGACGAUGUGAAGCGUAUAUCCAAGAUUAAUUGGAAUGCAUUCACCCUCCGGGUUCUGCUGGACUGCCUUUGCAACGUGAGGAAAGGCAAACACCUCCGCAAAUGGCCGAGAGGGAACUUAGCUCUCCUGCAGUACCUGUACUGGGAGAAGGUUCAGCCUCUGGAAGGUGAAUGCGCAUUCAAUCCUAGCUUGUCCAUGGAACUUCUAAUGAGGAAUUGGACUGAAGCUGCAGCCUCAAGGAGAGACAAGUUUGAUUAUGACCAAGGCCGUGGCCAUGGUAACAUCAAGAUUGAAGACAACAUAACCAAGGAGUAUAGGGCGCAGGAGCGCAAAGUACCCGAACUAGAAAAGCCAAAAAUGAAGCCCGCCGUUGGUGCGGCAAAGAAGUCCAAGUUAGCCUCAACCGCGGACGAGAUGAUGAACCUCAUCAUGAAGCGGUGUAUGGAUUACAUACGCAGCGAAAUGAAGGAAAUACCAGAACAAGUAGCCGAGAAAACACCUGCCAAGUUAAAUGUUGACAAGACAACGAAGCCUACUGAUGAGUGCGGCGCAACACCGGAGAACCCUUGGAUUGUAGGUAAUUCUCCUCGAGCAGAAUCGUCCGACAUUGACAUUUCUGCAUGUUCUAUCGACAGGAUGGUGGGUAAGAGCAAGGGGAAAAAGUCUGCAGCAACCGCAAAAGAAGACGAUUUUAUAUCCGGGAAGCGCCGACGGACUGUUCCCAAGAAAUUUGAAUCCCCCUUUAAACUUGACAAGCCCGGCAAGCGAAGCGCUCGCGCUCUGUUUAGUGACAAUGACAUGGAAGGCUCUGUUAAGGACGAUUUGACACCGGAACUCAUCGAUGCUGCUGUUGCGUUUGUGGAGGCAGCUGCUCGGUCUGAGAAGAAUAUGACAAAAAGAGUUUACUACAAUGAACGUGGCACCUCUGUGACUGUGGAGAGAAUACGACCGGUUAUCGAUGCUUAUCAGACACAUUUGGCUCUGCGCGUUGGUCAUGAUCGGCACCUCUGUCCAGCCUGGAGGUCCAAAUACCUUGUUGAUCGUGCUAAGGCACGAGACAACCCUAAACCGUCGAAAUACAACAUGGAUAGUGCGCUGAGCAGAGCUGGAGCAGUACGUAGGGUUCUGGACGAGUAUACCGUCCGUGAUAAGUCAUUUAUCCCGUUGAACGUCGGCAAUACACACUGGAUCACGGUGGUGAUGCACAACCGCAAGAAAGAAUUCCGAGUUUUUGAUUCGCUCUAUCCUCUCGAGUUCUCUCUCGACACUGUGAAAGCACUGCGACUAGCAAUAGCAAUUGAUAUGGAAGAGGCAAACCGUAUUACACCUGGCAAAUAUCCAGACGUCACUAAGUGGCCUAUCAUACCUCAGAUCGACAUGCCACCACAAGAGGACGGGAACUCUUGUGGCCUUUUUGUGAUUGAAGUUAUGGAGCAUUGGGACGGGGAUCGAUGGACCGCCGAUUUUACCCAGGGCACGGUUAAUACAAGGAGAAGGCGUCUCAUCGCCGAGUUGGUUCUCUCACCUACCAACACGCUCGAAUGUGUGAAGAACAAAAUCCGCGACAUCGCAAAGAAAAGCAAGGCGUGA